UACCCCACCAAAGCUAUGGAGCUAUCAGUCAGCUUGAUGAACGGUCAGGAGACUAAAGGCGGUUCCAAGAUAGCAGAAGCAGGCAUUUGUCAAUUAGCCUAUCUAGAUAUACUCGCAUACAUAUACAUCGGUCUUGUUUGCGCCAACUUCGGAGAUUGCUCUGCCGGCCAUCACUGUCAACCUUAACCUGCAGUUUAGGUACUUCUUCUGUCGAAUAUUGUGACACAAUCUCGCACGAUAAGACCAGCAACGCAUUGCAACAAGACUACUCGAGUGAUCAAUAUAACAGGCCCAUUGGCAAAGGUUCUCAUCUCCGGCAUUGAUCAUGGCUGACUACGAGACGUACAAGCUUGGGAACUUCAAGCUGAAGUCUGGUGGGGAGAUUCCUGAUGCGUUUAUCGCAUACAAGACCCUGGGUGACCCUUCCCUACCUGCCAUUGUCUAUCCAACAUGGUACUCCGGUUUGAUAGCAGACAACCUAUGGCUUACGGGCUCGGACAAGACCCUCGAUCCAUCCAAAUACUACAUAAUCAUUCCCGCGCUCUUCGGCAAUUCUCAGUCCUCAUCGCCAUCAAACACGCCCAAUCUACGACCUUUCCCCGAGGUUCUCUUCUACGACAAUGUGCGUGCGCAGUACGAGCUCAUCACUAAGCACCUCGGCGUCAAGCAUGCGCGCGCUGUACUUGGGUGGAGCAUGGGUGCAGGGCAGACGUAUCAAUGGAUGACGCAAUAUCCGGACUUCAUGGAUCUUGGCAUACCAUUCUGUGGAAGCGCGAAAACAAGCCUGCAUAACCAGGUGUUCCUUGAAGGUGUCAAGAGCGCACUGUAUGCCGCGAAAGGAACGAGCUCAGCGGGUGUAGCAAAGGCGGACGUUGACACGGCAGAUGCGCAAGGGGCGCGGUUGAAGUCGUACACCGGGUUUUCUGAUGAGAACACAAAGAUCGGACUGAAGGCGUUAGGCCGUGUGUAUGCUGGGUGGGGCUUCUCGCAGGCAUUUUACCGUGAGAAGUUGUACGAGACGGCGCCCUCACUUGGAUACAAGAAUCUGGAUGACUUUCUUGUGAACUUCUGGGAAGCAUGGGCUCUAGCCAAGGACCCAGAAAAUAUGCUUACCAUGGCGCAUACCUGGCAGGCCGGUGAUUGCUCGCAGCAGGAGCCAUACAACGGCGACUGGGCCAAGGCCAUGCAAGGUAUCAAGGCUAGGGCACUGGUGCUGCCGGGGAAGACAGAUCUUUAUUUCCCACCGGAAGAUUCGGAAUUGGAGGUCGAGGCCAUGCGGCCUGGAAUCGGGACGUUGAAGGUGUUCCCUAGCAUUUGGGGCCACUGGGCUGGCGGCCCCGGUCAAAGCACUGAAGACGUCAAAUGGCUCGACGAGAACCUGAAGCAGUUCUUCGCGGACAACUAAGAUUGCUUGGGCAUUGGACG